AUGGCUUGGUAUAUUGAGGAACAGGAAUGCACUUACCUUGAUUAUAAUGCCACUACACCAUUGGAUAAGUUCGUUGAAGAUACGAUUGUGAAUUCCAUCAAGUUUUGGGCAAAUCCUAGCAGUAAUAAUUCACUUGGUAGAAAGGCAAAAGAGGUGAUAGAAGCUGCUCGAGAACGGGUUGCCAGUUUGUUAAAUGUCAGUGCAAAGGAAGUCUUUUUCACAUCUGGUGGCACUGAGUCAAACCAUUGGGUGAUUUACAACGCAGUCGAACAUUUUAAAGAAUCUCAUGACCAUGAAUUGAAGCCACAUGUAGUAACCUCAUCAAUAGAACAUCCAUCGAUUUUGGAACUACUGCGUUCUUUACAAACAAAAGGUGAAAUUGAAUACACCGCAGUUGGGGUGAGUGCAGAAACAGGCAUUGUGGAGCUAAAUGAAGUUGAAGAUGCGCUUUGCGAAAGAACUGUUCUUGUGUCAGUGAUGCUUGCAAAUAAUGAAACCGGCGUGAUCCAACCAGUUGCAAAGAUUGCUGAUAUUGCCCGACAAGCAAGUGAACGUUUUAAUUCGCGUAUUUUGGUGCAUACGGAUGCAGCACAAGCGAUAGGCAAAAUAGAAGUGGAUAUGAAAGUUUUGAAAACGGAUUUCAUCACGGUUGUUGGCCACAAAGUGUACGGCCCUCGCAUUGGUGCGUUGGUGAUACGUAAUGAGAAGACAGUUCCGCUGCAGGCCCUUUUUAGAGGUGGCUUCCAGGAGAAUGGCAAACGUGCAGGUACCGAAAAUACGGCAAUGAUCGCAGGUCUUGGUGCAGCUUGUCAAAUUGCGUCGGAACGAUUAUCUGCAAACAUGCGACAAAUGCGGCAUGUCAGAGACUAUUUCGAAGAACAGCUCAGGAGUAUAUUAGGUGACGCUGUCAGGAUACAUUUCACAAAAUCUGAACGCAUACCGAACACAAGCAGCGUAUCGUUCAUUAAAUAUCCUGGUAAUGCGGUUGAUUUUCUCUCUAAAUGCAAGUCAUUCACUGCAAGCACGGGUGCUGCAUGCCAUGCUGGAACGAAUGGUUCUUCCACAGUGUUACUCGCGUGUGGAUUGAGUGAAGAAGUGGCGUGUCGCACUGUACGUUUUAGUUUCGGACGCGAAUCUAGCGAAGAACAAGUCGAUCGUGUCAUAAAUGAAAUAAAAUCGGUUUGCUUCUUUGGUAAAUAUGGCAGCUCAUUAUUGAAAGCUAUCAACAAAGGUCCAGUAUCUGGAUUUUGA